ACAGUUGAAGACGUGGAGGGUUAGGGUCCGCUCGCGCCGGGAUGCCCCUCCAUCAUCAUCAUCUUCUUCUUCUUCAUUAACCUCCAUCAACAAUAAAUAAAUUCGAAGUACGGGUAAGGCCGAUUAUAAACACCAGUGUGCACGCCAACCGCCACGCCCUGAGAUGGACCCGGUAUCGAUCGCUGGCCUCGCCAUCGGCGUUGCGUCGAUCGGGCUGCAAGUGUACACGAGCUGCGUACAGGGCAUCCAACUACUCGUCACGGCGGCCAAUUUCCCCGAAGACUGCAAGUAUCUGAACCUCCGCUUGCGCAUGGAGCAGCAGCGCCUGUUUGCCUGGAGUGAAACGUCGGGGCUGCUCGACUUGGACGCCGAGAAUAGACAGAGAAUCCUCGAGUCCAACACCUUUGUCCUCCACCGCCAGACCGUUCUCGACCUGCUGGUCCAGGUAGAAUGUCUGUUCAGGGAGUUCAGGGAGCAUCAGGCCCGCAACAAGCGCCUCCAGCCGGUUCCUGACCAGGAGGAUGUCUUGUUGAAUCCCGACAAGGACGCCGCAGGCGCCAACUUCCCCCUGCCCCAACGCCGGAGGGACUUCAUCAAGAAGGCCAUGCAGAGCCUCAGGGCGACCUCGCAGGAAGCCGCCCAGCGACUGCGCUGGGUCUCGUUCGACAAGGCUGCGUUCGAGCUUCUCCUCGCGAGGUUCUCCACGCUAAACGAUAGCAUGACCAACAUCCUGGACGCCAGGAUGCAGGUCGAGAUUCACCACACCGUCCAGGACACAAACCGUGGCGUGCUGCAGUUGCACCACAAGAUCACUGACCUCUCUCGCCUCGUAAUGGCCCUCAACGUCAAGCUCGAGGCCGCCUCUCCUCUGCCGGCAACGCAGAUGUCGAUCGCACAGAAGCGUGCCAACGCCGACGCCCUCCAGUUGCUGUCUCAGCUCGCCAAGUUCAAGGCGUUCAACGAGUCGAUCGAGUCCAGCAAGAAGAACCCCUGGGACGAGGCUACCGCCAUGUGCCUGGAGCUGGGAAGCCCGGACCAGCCGAAGCAUCUCUUGCUUGACCGCUCCAUGGUCGACAUAGACCCUGCUGCGCUCGAGUCGGACCUUCCGAGGUGUGAAGCUACCCUCCGUCUCCCUAACGGCGAGAGCAAGAAGGUCUGGGUCGAGUGGAAGGACUACGAUCACCAGCGGCGCGGCGACCUCUCGCCGCCCAAGACCGUCAUAUGCGAGAGGGUCCGCAAACUGGCAGCCCUGCUGAACCACUCCCCAAAGCCCGAAGCCUUUAGGACGCCUCACUGUCUUGGCUUCUUCGACAAGGCGAGCGCUGGCGGGGUCGAGGACGAAGAGCAGGACGUCCUCAAUAUGCGCCUCGGCCUUGUCUUUCAGAGACCCCUUGACGAGGGCCUCCACGCCUCCCUCCCGCCCAUCUCGCUCCGCGACCUGCUCCAGACUUCUCGCAAGCCGCGUGUCACGGACCGAGUCAAGCUCGCGCACGCCAUCAGCAACUGUCUCCUGUACCUGCACGCGGUCAACUGGUUACACAAGGGUCUACGGAGCGAGAAUAUCAUCUUUUUCCGUACCACCGACGGCCAGGUUGACUACUCGAAGCCGUACCUCUCUGGCUUCGACUUUUCUAGGCCCGCCCGGGCAGAGGAGAUGACAGAGAUCCCGAACCCGGGAGAAACCGAGUACAACCUCUACAGGCAUCCGCUGGCGCAGUCCACCAACCCAGAGGACCGCGAGCGCUUCAAGAAGAGUUUCGACAUUUAUAGCCUGGGCGUGCUUCUGGUCGAGAUAGCACAUUGGGCCACCGUCGAACGAGUCCUCGGCAUCGAUCUGAAUGCCGCGAGGGGUCGGCCAUCCGUCACCCUCAAAGUUCGCGAGAGACUGCUGGCCGAGGACCAGAUCGCCGAGUUGGGUUCUUCUAUGGGGGCCGUCUACGAGACCGCCACCCGGAAGUGCAUAACGGGCGGGAAGGAAUUGGGUUUGUCUGAGGGCGACGACGAGACUAACGAUGCCGUGGCCGCCCGGCUCUCUAUGGUUCUACACGAGGAAGUGGUCAAGCCGCUCGGAGAUAUCCGAAUCUGAGCACACAAACAGCUUCCACUUGCCCGCAAGUGUUUCUCGUCUGUCUCGCGACUUCACAAAACCACGUGAGGUAUCCUCAUAACAGAGCACACGCACCCUCCCCACACCCAACGUCCCCCCGCUCUUGGCCGUCCCAAAGACCGGGAACACGCCCCUGGCCUCCAACCGGGUGUUGGCUGAGUCGAACAGUCGAACGGUUGAGAUCGCGUUUUUUUGCAAAUUCGAGAACAAUCGCCCUGAUCUCGUUGCUCUCCCACUGGUAGCUUCUCCACUUGGCUCCCCCAGACUCCGUGGCCGGAUCGGGGUCCUCCAUUUUAGCCUAUUCAACCGGACCCGCGAUGUCGCUCACACCCCAUGACCUCGGCUGGGUUGAAAAAAGCUUAGCUCUGCGAAGCGACCCCGAUGAACCCGGUGAUGCCCUGGAGAGGCGGGCAGCCGGGAGCCAGGAGCCGGAAAAUCCAGGUAAGAGGGGGGGUUGUAGCCACGGAUAAUCUGCACAAGCUCCAACACCGUCUGGCUCCAAUCUCGGAAGACACUAGCCACCAGCCGAACAAAUACAAAAAAAAGGAAGAGACGGCAGGAACGCGCCGGGAUGUCGUAAUGUCGUCAGAGACAAGGGGGGGGGG